AUGGCGUCUUGUAGUGAGGAGAAGACUACACCCGCUGAGGGGGAUCUAACCGAAACCUUCGCUUCUUCAAAAAGAGAGGACAGACUUCGAAAGUUUCGCGAGUUACAUUUCAAACGGAAUGAAGCACGCAAGCUCAAUCACCAGGAAGUUGUUGAGGAGGAUAAGCGACUGAAGCUACCCUCUAACUGGGAGGCUAAAAAAGCCAGACUUGAGUGGGAACUUGCCGAAGAUGAAAAAAAAAAGGCUUGUGCGGCCAAAGGUGAAGACUACAAAAGAGUGAAACUCCUUGAUAUCACUGCCGAUGAUGCAGAGCGGUGGGAGAGAAAGAAAAAGAAGAAGAAUCCAGACACGGGAUUUGCAGGUUAUGCUGAGGCCCAGUUUAGGCAGUAUCAGAGGCUCACCAAGCAGAUUAAACCUGACAUGCAAAACUAUGAGAAACAGCGAGAGGAAUGUGGUGAGGACUUCCACCCCACAUCCAAUAGCUUGAUACAUGGCACUCAUGUUCCUUCCCAGGAGGCCAUUGACCGCAUGGUGGAAGACGUCGAGAAACAGAUUGAAAAGCGGUCCAAAUAUAGCCGACGCAGGGCCUACAACGACGACGCGGACAUUGAUUACAUUAACGAGAGGAACGCCAAGUUCAACAAGAAGGCUGAAAGAUACUAUGGCAAAUACACUGCAGAGAUCAAGCAGAAUCUGGAGAGAGGCACUGCUGUUUAA